UUUUUGAAAUAGGGUGCCAUAUGCAAUGUGCUGUUCUACUCCGUCGUCGUUUUCUUCUUUGAUUGCAGGGCUACCCACUGGGCUUCUCCCUCAAUCUUCUCUAUCGCGUUCGUUUCUCUGAGGAGAGUUGAAGAGGUAAGACUCAUCAGGAUAAAAGGAAGAAGAAUCUGGGAGGAAGAAGGUAUAGCCAGCAAAAAUGAGCGUGAUUGACAUAUUGACGCGUGUUGAUUCGAUCUGCAAGAAAUACGACAAAUACGACGUCGAUAAACAGCGCGGCGACGGUGGUAAUUUCGCCGGCGACGAUGCCUUUGCUCGCCUAUACUCGUCCGUCGAAGCCGAGAUCGAGGCCGCCCUUAAUAAAUCGGAAUUGGCGUCUCAGGAGAAGAAUAGGGCGGCGGUGGUGGCCAUGAACGCCGAGAUCCGGCGCAUCAAGGCAAAGUUGCUCGAGGAGGUCCCGAAAUUGCAGAGGUUGGCGCUUAAGAAGGUAAAAGGGCUUACAAAAGAAGAACUUGCUGCACGGAAUGAUAUGGUUAUUGCGCUACCUGAUAGAAUUCAAUCAAUUCCUGAUGGAACUUCGAAUGUAACCAAACAAACUGGAGGCUGGACAACUUCUGCUUCUCGCCCUGAAAUUAAAUUUGACUCUACCUCAGAUGGAAGUUUUGAUUCUAAUUAUUUUCAGCAGAACGAAGAAUCAAACAAAUUUAGGCAAGAAUUUGAGAUGCGCAAAAUGAGGCAGGAUCAAGGCUUGGAUGUUAUAGCUGAAGGUCUGGAUACGCUGAAAAACAUGGCCCAUGAUAUGAAUGAGGAAUUGGACAGGCAAGUGCCAUUAAUUGAUGAGAUUGAUACUAAGGUUGACAGGGCCAAUGCUGACUUAAAAAAUACCAACGUGAGGCUUAAAGAUACUAUAAAUCAGCUGAGGUCAAGUCGCAACUUCUGUAUAGACAUUAUCCUGCUGUGCAUAAUACUUGGAAUUGCUGCUUAUCUUUACAAUGUAUUGAAGAAGUGAGAUGCUUUUGGGUGGAGUAAUUUCAUUUGUUCCAUCUAGAUAUAAUGCUAUGGUGCCAUGACGUUGCCAGCCAGCCUGAGACAUCCUUGUGUACAUGGAAGUGUGUAUCUUCUAUUCACAUUCAAUAUUUUCUUGCUGCAAUGAAUUUAGUUUGAAAGUUGAGUUUUGUUGACAUUUUCUCCACCUUUUUGUGCGUGUUUUUUUGAAAAUGACAUGAUGAGAUCGGUGUGGAUUAUUGUAUAACCCUUAUUGCUAAUUUGUUUUCUAGGAUCCACAUUCAUGUAAAUGUGGGCAAGAUGUGGCAGGAGAUGAUUUAAUGAAUAUUGAUACAUAUUAUGAAAUUGCUUUCAACGUGUCUCUUGCCUUC